AUGGAGAUGGACUAUAUUCAGAGGUGGUGCGUCUGCUUCGCGCCCGAGAGCGGCGCCAGUGCCGCGGCGGCCCUACGUCGACCCGGCUUUGGCCGAGAACCCCGCGCUGGUUUCGCGGGGAAGUCGUCGGAGGGCGGCGUGAUCAGUUUCCGUGCGGCGCGGGCGGCUGGCCCAUAUGACUUGGGAUUUUUCUUCGUCGAGAAAGCUGGCAAGGGCGCGCUCGGGAUCGUCUUGGACGCGAGGGCGGCGAAUGUGGGGUUCGAGCCGCCGCCCGCAAUGAUUCUUCCGACGGCAGCGGCGCGGGCCGCCCUCGAGUCGGAGCGCCCCGCGACACUGGCCCAGGGUGACAUCCGCUGCGCCUCUUCCCACGCGUUCGCGCCCCGAGUCAUGGGGGAGUUUUUCGCGCUCCCGACUUUUUCAAACCGCCUGCUGGGGGUCAAGCAGAUCGACGGGAAGCUGCUGGCCAUUGAUUGCUUCAUGCAGCUCACGAGCAUUAUGAGGAGGGCCCUGGUCCAGAACGGUUUCGGCGACGGUGAUCUGAUCGAGGAUGGUCGACCCAACCCUGCGCUGCGUUCGCGGGGCUGCGUGGCCGCAGCUGGCCACGUCGACAACUUCGCCGUCGCGGGCGGUGGCGCGGCCGUCGCCGCCGCCAGAAGGGGCCCUGUCACGCGCGCCUUGGGGUCGCGGGUGCCCCCUGUCCGUUCGAUCGACGAGGCAUCAUCCGUCUCCAUUUCCACGGGCCUCAAGGUCAACGGCGACCUGGGCCCUGCGAGAGUGAAGCCCUCCAGCGCCACGAGGCUUCGGCAGGCGAUCCUGGCGGUCUCGCGGCGCGGGGCUGCGUCGCCUCGCAUGCUCGAAGUCUUGCUGGGGCACAUCGCUGGGCCAAUGCUUUGCACGAGAGAGGCCCUCUCCAUCCUGUCGUCGGUCUAUGCGUUCAGGUCUCUGCAGGGCCCUGGAGCGAGGCCCCUGUGGGCCCAGGUGAGGGUCGAGCUGCGGUGCGUCGUUAGCACGUUACCUUUCUGGACGUCGCACAUGAACAUUCCCUGGGGCACGCGCGUCUCGGCCUCGGACGCUUCCCCUGUCGGCAUCGGGGGCGUGCACUCGUCAGCUCGAUGGGCCCCGCGUGGCCGAGAUGGGGAGGCGGGCGGAGAG